GAGCUGGCGGCCUCAGUUGUGCCCUGGAACUUAGCAGAAGGAGCUGCUUAAGCAAGAAUCAUCAUGGAUGUCAAACUUCUGCCACUGAUGCUUCUGUUUGCCGUGGUCACACAUGGGCCUACAAGUAGCGCAAAGCCCAUCAGUCUUGUGGAGAGGUGCUGGUGUCGUUCUACUCUCAACACGGUUCCCCAGCGCUCCAUCAAAGAGCUCAAGUUCCUGCACACCCCCAACUGCCCCUUCCAAGUCAUUGCCAAGCUGAAGAGCAACAGAGAAGUUUGCAUCAACCCAGAAACCAAGUGGCUGCAACAGUACUUAAAGAACGCCAUUAACAAGGUGAAGAAGUCAAGAAGACGUAAUAACAAGAAGAACUAAAUCCGGGGGCUGUUUCCAUCAGGUCAAGCACCCUCAGGUCCAACCUGCGUACCUCCUUAUCACUGCUAUGGAUGUAUUAUAACACGCUGUAUGUACACGUCCACCUCUCUGGACUGCUUGCACAAGAAGCACUUCACCGCCAAUCUGGUCCACCCGCCACAAGCGUCUCUGGCCACCGACGGAGUCGCCCCGCCUUUCUCCAUGCAGCACCAAGUGCGAUCAAAGCCCAACUUGGGAUGAUGGACACAAGUUAAAGUCACUUGUAUUUGACAGAGUGCUGGACGAUCAGAUCAAAAUAAUGACAAUGUGUGUGGAAAGAGUGCGUGUAUAAAAAGGCAAUAUGAGCUUUCUGUUGGAACCGCAAAGGUCCAUGAGAAAUGGUUGUGCUCACUCACCUCUUUAUGUCAAGUGUCCUUUAAAUAUUCAGUAUCUUCAAAGGAAUUGUAGCUUGUACAAGUAUAAUCUUUAUAAGCAGCUCACAUUUAUGCGACUCGCGAUGUCUUCUGAGAUAUCUGACUUCUGCUCCAGGAUCAAGAAUGUAAACCAUCCAGUAAGUAGAUGUAUUCCGCCUUAAAUAUUUAGUAUAUAUGUAUACACGUGUGUGUGCAUGUGUGUGUGUGUGUGUGCGUGUGGGUGUGCAUGUGCGUGUGUGUGUGUGCAUGUGCGCGCGUGCAUGUGUGUGUUUUAGGGAGGACAAAUAUCUAUGAGAAAUCAACAAACACUGAUCAUGUGGUGCAACAUAUUCAUUUUUAAAGGUCAGAGCCGGUUUGAUUUGUUUGGUUUGUCGUGUCUAGUUCAUGCAAAGCUCUAAUCAGCUUAUGUCUUUAUUUUUAUGAGCACCUCAGGAUGGUCUGAUGUAAAAAUGACAUCGAAAGGUCAUCCAAUACAGGGAAAGGAGAUGAGCAAAAUGGAACAAAUGAAGUUUUGGUGCAUGUAUUGUGUGUUGAUGCAGCUUUGACUGACUGAACAUAUCGGGAUACAGUGGAGACCAAAUAUUUAUUCAGUGCAAACGGCAACAAGAUGAGACCUCAGUUAUAAGAUCAGAAUUUCAAAUCUGGUUAAAGUUUUUACAGUUUUACAUGAUAGCACAGACUGAAUCAAGACAUCAGAGUAAGUUGACGCCAGUAUUCUAAAAUGAGUAUUUGUGGGAAUGUAGGCUUAUGAAAUGACUGAGUUGUCAAAAAGGGAAUGUUUAUGAUGGCAAAGAGAACGUUUUGAGGAUGUUUUUUUUUUAUUAUACGUCAAAAAAUAUUUUAAGCCACUUUAUUAACAAAUACCAUCCUGUAAAUGUGACUGUUUUUUAUUUUAUAUUGUGUAUAUGCUCACUGAAUGCCUUUCAAUGCAAUAUACAGUUCACUAAAUCAAGUGUAGAAUGCCACAGAAAAUGUACUCCGGUUUUAUGGAUUAUUUGAGAACAAUUUGCAAUGUAUUUCUGCACCAGGGUUUUUUUUUUGUUGUUGUUUGUUUUUUGCAAUGUUGAUGUUAAAAGCCAGCCAAGAAAAUUAAAUUCUGUCCUCAAUUA